CGACCAAAUGAAACGUACAGGAAAUAUAAGCGCACUUUGAGAUCGGUACACAAGAUUGGGAGGCGACGAGUCGCGGAUUCAUUAGAACAAGGGGUGCGGUCUUUCUCGGUUUCUUGAAAUUGAGAUAAGCACGUCCGGCUGGCAUUAGUCACUACUUGGAGCUCUUCUGUACGCUGCAAUUCCACUGCUGCUUCGGCUCCCGGAAUGGACCUGAAAGGGAAAGUUGCGUUGGUGACUGGAGCUGCCCAAGGAAUUGGGAAAGCAAUCGCUGAAAUAUUGUUGAAGAACGGGGCGAAGGUAAGUCUGUUAGAUACCAAUGUACAAGUUGGUGAAGCAACUAAAGCUGCCUUUGAACAGACCUAUGGAGCUGAGAACAUUUUGUUUCUUCCGUGUGAUGUGACGUCUGAAAAUCAGUUGAAAGAUUCUUUCAGCAAGACUCUUGAAAAAUUUCAGAGAUUGGAUGUGGUUUGUAACAAUGCAGGGAUCGUUGAUGAGUUAAAUUUGGAGAAAUGCCUCAAUGUAAAUCUGGUUAGUGUGAUCAAAGGAACCCACCUGGGCAUAGAGCACAUGAGUAAAGAGACUGGAGGUGCAGGAGGAGUGAUUGUUAAUAUCGCCUCCAUGGCAGGUCUGAUUCCCUUUAGCAUUGGACCAGUUUAUUCAGCCUCGAAGCAUGGAGUGGUGGGAUUCACUAAAUCACUGGCUUUGACCUGCUUUGGGAAGCAUGGAGUUAAAUUACAUGUACUGUGUCCUGGUUUUGCUGAAACCGUCCUUUUGGAAAGUCUGCAAUCGUCGAAGGUUCCAGGACAGAAGGAGAAACUGCAGGCAAUGGUUGCGAUGAUUGGAAUUGCGACGACAUCCCAGAUUGCAGAGGGAUUCUUGCACCUUGUCAUGGAUCAGAGCAGGACUGGAGCAUCGAUGAAGGUGUAUGGCGAAGGCAAGUUUGAGUAUGAGGCCCAACCUCUGGAUGCUGAUCCAGGAACUUGGAAACCUACUGAGUGACCUAAUGAAUAUGAGCCACCGAAGAUAAUGAAAAGUUCAGAUCCGGUCAGAAAUAAAAUGUUUUACCCUUUAA